AUGGAUCAUCCUUUAAAUGUAACGCCUUUGAAGGAUGAGAGGACCACGACGAUCCCGGUACAUUUACAAGUCUUAACAACGUUGAGAUAUCUUGGUUCAGGUUCCCAUCAAGUGACAGUUGGCCAAGAUAACCUAUUGGCAGUUUCACAAGCAACAUGCCACCGUAUUCUUAAAAACGUGAUAAUUGCAAUGGAUAAAUAUCUCUUGGAAGAAUUUGUCGUUUUCCCGACAAGUGAUGCUGAGCUAGCUCGGAUAAAACAAAAAUUCUUCCAGCAGUUCAAUAUUCCCGGUGUUGUUGGGGCUAUUGACUGCACACAUGUUGCAAUCUUGAGUCCCCCAAAACAUGUUGAGCACGUUUACUUAAACAGAAAGGGAUACCAUUCUAAAAAUGUGCAGCUAAUUUGCGAUACAGACCUUCGCAUAUUCAACGUGAAUGCUAGAUUCGGGGGUUCCACUCAUGAUGCAUUCAUUUGGAAACGCAGCCAAGUGCGUCGAUAUUUGAAACAACGUUAUGAUAACGGAAGCAGAAAUACGUAUUUACUAGGUGAUGGAGGUUACCCUACUGAACCAUGGCUUCUUGUGCCAUACCCUAGGCCUACACGAAGAGCACAAAUUGAUUUCAACACAGCCCAUUGCAAGGCACGCAAUCCUAUUGAAAGAUGUAACGGCUGUUUGAAAUCGAGAUUUAGGUGCAUUUCUGGGGACUCAUUGUUACGGUACGAAAAGUCCUUCUGUGGUCAAAUAAUCAAUUGCUGUGUAAUUAUUCAUAAUUUUCUGGUUUUCAACAAGUACCCAGCAGAAGACAUUUUAGAUGAAAAUUUAAUUAACGAAGGCAAUAAUAUCGUUGAUGAAACGGAUAAUAAUCUCGAUGACGACAGUGAUCGAAUUUUGGACGUUGGAAGAAGAGAACGGGAUAACAUAGCCAAUAAUUAUUUCCUAUAA